AUGCGGUCUUCUUUGGUAACAGUUGCUGCCCUAAUGGGUAUGACUUUUGCAACCCCAGUCCCCCAAGACAUCGAUUUCGCUAUGGUCGAAGCGGCUCCUGAUCCAGUUACUACUGGUCCUCCUGUUGGCGUGACUGCUCAAUCUAUCGCCUACGAUGCUUCGACCGCUAUCAUUGCUGCCACUCAAGCUGUUGCAUCUCAAUCUGUAGCAAAUAGCGAUGCUGCCAAUGCCCCCAAGGUUAAGAGAACAGCAUGUCAAGCUCAGCCAGCCGGUGCCACUGGAGCUCCUGCAUACGCUUCUGAUUCUCCAUCUGGUUUUUUAGCCAAUCUUGGAUUCUCUGAUGCUGCCUCCGCUGCUUCUACUCCAGCUGGAUACACGCAAUCUUUCCAGAACCUUAAGGCAUCCAACAAUGCCUAUGGAUAUAUGGGGUUCACUACUCUUGAAACUUAUGAUUCGGAAUUGUGUGCAUUGAAGUGCUCUGCCAGCAACGGAUGUAUGGCCUUUAAUAUUUGUGAGCUUACAUGUCUAGUUCGAAAGAGUACCGGAAGAGUUAUUGCAGUCACACGUGAUCCAAGUGUCGAACCUGGAGCAGCAUGCGAGGAUCCUCCAAGUGUUACAAUGAUCAAAUGUGUGUUCUGGGGUGGCCCAGUUUCUACCGAAAAUGCCGUAAACUCUGGACAACACAGAGAUAAAUUUCAAGUCGUGAUUGCUGGAUCCAAUGGUUAUACAAAUAACAGCAUUGCUCCUAUCCCUGGCUAUGGAAAUGCACAAUAUCUGGGAAAUGCUGCUAUUAAUGCGCGAUAUGAUUUAGAAGGAUGCAAUACGUACAUGGGAUCAACAAUCUUCUCUACCGGUCCCUUCGAUGCAUCUCUCUGUGCCGCUUACUGUAGCGCACAAUUGAAAUACAACCUUGAGCAUCCUCCAUCUGAUGGAAGUCCAGUUAAGACUUGCCAAUUCUUCAAUACUUAUCUCCUUUAUGUCAAUGAUCUUUCUCAUACACAAGGCCAUUAUUGUGCCAUCUACUCCGAGGCAUGGGAUUCUAGCUACGCAACCAAUGUCGGACAAUACCGUGGAUCUGAUCAUUAUCUCAUUGGGCUGUCAUACACCUACACCAACGCAACCAACCCAGGAUUGACAUCUGGAGAUAAGACAUGCGCUGUUGCUCAAGCAUCGGUCGAGAUCUCCUACUCAUCUCUCCAACCUUAUUGCAGCACCUUGCUCGGUUUUGCAACUGAUGCUAUUACAACAUCAACUACCAUAACCUCGACGUUUACAUCGACUGUGGUCUCCCAAGCUACUGCUACUGCAGCCAAUAAUCCUAUUCCGAAAAGAAGCGACAUCGCAGUGCAUCUAGUGAGCGGUACUCCUCUCAUUCCUUCCAUGAUUGCCAAUAGCAUCGUCACUCCAGUAAAGCGCUCAGUUGCUGCUACACCAGCUGGACUUACCAAAUACCCUGGCACUGUUAUCUCAUCAGCAUGCUCUGCACCGGCUACCAAACCAACUAUUGCCGUUACUGUUUACGUAACUGACUACGUCUCGACAACCACUUCAACCACCACCACAUCUACCACCACCACUACGGCUAGUGCUACCCCAUCCUUCGUCAUUGCCUCUGGAUCCGAUAAAUCCCAAUACGUAACUUACGAAGACUAUUUUGGUCUGAAGAUGAAGAUCCUCACAGUAUCUCCCAUCACCGCAAGCUCUGCAACCACAUUCUAUCUCGACGGCCAAUCCCUCUCCUCAUCAGACAAAACCCGGGUCGCCAAUACCGACGACGCUGGCUCUGGCGCCCCCUCAUAA